CAAACACGGUAGCAAUGUUUUCUUUGUGGCCGGUGGUGGCGCUGCUGUUCGUGGCCCAAAAUGUUCUCGGCCACACGCUCAGUGACAGCACAAGAGUUUGUUUGGCAACCUACAAAAAUGAUUUAAACAAUGAUUUCCUGAUCGGCAAAUGGUACUACGUUUACAAAUUCUCCCUAUGGCUCAACUUGCCUCCUUCGAGGUCAUGCAGAGAAGUUUCUUUCAAUCGAGCGACUGAGGAAGAUCUUAACAGUUACAAGAACCACUUUAAUAGAACCGAUAUGCCGUAUUCUUUCGAAGAUGAUGAUACCAUUGCAUUUUCAGUGUUAAACAUUGACUUUCAAAAUAAAAAAAUGCUCGAUGGACUCUUGUUAGGAGGCAGGGAAGCGAAAGUUUUCAUUAGUCAUCCGGUCAAUAAGCCAGAUCCGGAGGCAUAUGAGAUACGCAUAUUUAGGUACGUAAACGAUGAGUUUAUGAUAUACGAGGAGUGCUCGUUGAGCGGAUUCACCAAGUGGCUCAUAUCGCGGAAUAGAAACCCGACCGACGAGGAGCUGCAGAAGAUCAUAGCCAGCGAGAACGACUUGAAGAGACUGGACUCGCAGAAAUUCUGCGCCAUUUAAAGUUUAUCUUGAUAAAUUGCAAACUAUUUUAUUCAUAAACGGACUUUGUUAUAAUUAAAAUCAAUAAAC